CAAGUGUGAGUGGGACGAUGGGGGUGAGAAACAGGAGUACGCAACAUCCAAUCCAACGAUCCAAACAAAACUGCAAAACAAUAUACAAUUGAAUAGCAGUGGCGUUUCGACGCGCACGAAGCUUCUUCUACUUCUUCCACUGCGCCACAUUCAUUCAUUCAAUUUUAUUGUUUUUACCCUAAUUACUAUCGCCAACCCCCUUUUUUUUUUCUUCUUCUUCCUUUUUUCAAUUUCGAUUGCAUGGACCAUUUCCCAUUCUAACACCUACAAAUUUUCUUUAAUAUUUUCUCGUCCCUGAGGCAGAGAAAAAAAGAAAAAACUACCGAAGAAGUUGAUGAAUUAAUUUAAUCUUAAUUCUUAAAUAUUUUUUCUCUUUCUCUUUCCAACCUCAACCCCACCCUUAAGCCUCUCUCUCUCUCUCUCUCGCUCUCUCUCUCUCUAUUCUAUUGCUUCCUUUUUUCCGCUAUUUUCUGGAACAAAUGGCUGGAGUGACAAAGGAGGAAGAGAGGGGUAGUCCUAGUUGGGGUGCUUCAUUUUUUACGCAGACAACAGAGGAUGUGGCUAGAGCUGUUGCCACUGCUAUGAAUUCUCAGAGGCCAUCUGUGGUAUAUUCAUUGAAAAAUGAUCAUGGUGGCAGCCAACUUCAAAGGCUGCAGUAUCAAGUUACGAAAAUGAUAAAAGGAUUUUCUAGCCCUCCAGAAGUUAAAUAUACAAAUUACAAUCCGGAAAUCUUGACAACUCAGAAGCGUCAAUGGGCUGCAAACUUUCAGUUGCAGUACACGGACCAUAAGUCUUGGAAGGAGCCAACAAAGCUGUUUGAAAGCAUGGUGGUUGCUGGACUUCAUCCUAAUUGUGAUAUUCAGGCACUGCAAAGGCAAUGUUUUUUAAGAAAGUCUGAAGGCCCUGGUAAAUUGAGAAGUGCACUUGGUUAUCAGAAUCAGUCCCGUGUGGAAGUGGAACCCAAUCUAGAACCUCAGGUUUUAUUUGUUUACCCUCCAGAAAAACAGCUGCCUCUUAAAGGCAAGGAUCUUCUCUCUUUCUGCUUCCCUGGAGGCUUGGAGGUUAAUGCUGUUGAGAGAACCCCUUCCAUGAGUGAGUUGAACGAAAUUCUAUUUGGGCAGGAACACCUUAAACAAAGGGAUCCGUCUUUUGUAUUUAGGCUACAGGGUGCGGAUAAUUCAACACUUUAUGGGUGCUGUCUCUUAGUUGAAGAGUUAGUGCAAAAACCCUCUGGAUUUCUCUCCCUGAUUUCUGAUAAGCAGUUGACUUAUUCUCCUUUGAAACGCCAACGGCAUAUAUUAACCACACAGAGAUGUUACUGCAUUCUCUCAAGGCUCCCAUUUUUUGAAUUGCACUUUGGUGUAUUAAAUAGCAUCUUCAUGCAAGAACGGCUAGAGCGGUUGACGGGAAGUGUUGGAGAUUUAAAUUUAGAAUAUGUUGAAGGUAGCUGCGAGGAGGAAAAUUUGGAGGAAAAAUCAGAGUGCAUGUUGGUGAAUGAUAGAUUAGAAGAUAGACAUGAUGACAAUCCAAGGAUUUCUCAAUCAAGCCUAAGAAAUUCCUCACCUGAAAACAUUGAGGAUGAUAGUAAUUAUCCUGAGAAACACAUUGUUAAUGGGGAUCUGCAUACAUUUAAGGAGAGAGUCAAUGAUGACAAUGCCGUGCCUAGUGAUCCUGAAACUGAUAGAAAAACUGUCAAAGAAUCUGGUCCUACAAAUGCUGAAGAUAGUGAUUUGUAUGGGGAUGCUUUUGUAACAAACAAACAGUCUGAAGAUAGGCGUUUACCAAAUGCUAUUCUACCACUCCUGCGCUAUAGCCAGUAUGAAAGCUCUGAAUCUUCCUGCAGUUUUCAGGGUUCUCCUUGUGAUGACAGAAAUUUUAGGAGUGAUGCUGAUGAUACUGAGACAGAAGAUGCUUCAUUCUCUGGCCAAGAGGAUUUAAAUGACCUAAAUGAUAUUCUUGAAUGGGCGAAGGCAAAUAACUGUGGACCAUUACAGAUUAUAAGUGAGUAUUAUUGCUUAGCUUGCCCUGCAAGGGACUCAGCACUUAGGUUUCAUCCUUUGGAACACCUGCAUCCCUUGGAAUAUCACAGACCAGAUGAGACAAUUCUACAUCUUGCCGGUUCAACUGUUGACUUGAAAUCUUGCAGUACAGGUCUGGAAUUUGCAGAGGCACAUAAUUCUCUUUUGGCUGAGGAGGAGGCAACUGCAUUAUCUAUAUGGGCUGUAGCAUGCAUGUGUGGUACCUUGAGACUUGAAAAUGUGUUAACAUUCUUUGCAGGAGCUCUACUGGAGAAGCAGAUUGUUUUUGUCUGUUCUAAUUUGGGAAUCCUAUCUGCUUCAGUUUUAUCAGUUAUUCCACUAAUCCGGCCCUACCAAUGGCAAAGCUUGCUUAUGCCAGUUUUACCAAAUGGCAUGCUCGAGUUUCUGGAUGCACCUGUCCCCUACAUAGUUGGUAUCAAGAACAAGACCAAUGAAGUUCAGUCAAAGUUAACUAAUAAUGUUAUCCUGAUUGACGUCAGCAGAAACCAGGUGAAGUCAUCAACAGUACCUCAACUGCCAAGUCAGAAAGAGUUAAUCUCUUCUUUACGUCCUUAUCAUGAAACUCUUGUGGGAGAAAGUUACUUGGGUAGGAGAAGGCCAGUGUAUGAAUGCACGGAAGUGCAGACAGAAGCUGCUAAGAGGUUCCUAUCGGUGUUAAGGUCUUAUUUGGAUUCUCUUUGCUGUAACAUUCGUUCUCAUACAAUAACCAAUGUACAAUCCAAUGAUGAUAAGGUAUCCUUGCUUUUGAAGGAGAGUUUCAUUGACUCGUUUCCUUAUCGUGAUCAGCCUUUCAUGAAGCUUUUCGUGGAUACACAGCUCUUCUCUGUUCAUACAGAUAUUGUUCUCUCUUUCUUCCAAAAGGAAUAACGCUAUUUGGGAAUAUUACUGCCUUGCAAAGCUUGAACGCACGUUCAGUGUUGUAUUCUUAAAUUAUGUAUGAGCUAAAAUUUUCUCCCUACACGUGACGCCUAAUGUUACCAGCUUAGGCUUGCCGCAACACCUGUAUAUAAUUAGUUAGAUAGUAUAUUUAAUCUUAAUAAGUGCUGUUAAGGUUUCAUUCUAUGUAAAUGACAUUUUUUCAUACACCAAAGGUAAAAGUUAUGCUUUAUGCUCACAAGAUACUGUGAACGCUAACACCUGAACCCUCCGUUACGUAUCACUUGAUUUCGAUAUGACCUAGUAUGUUUAAAUGGUCUUUAAAUAUGAUGCAGAACUUGCUAGCAGAAAAGCCAAGUACGUUUUGUAAAUCCUCGUAAACAUAUGGAAGGAAUCAUGGAUAUUCAUUCAUUAUGAAGACCAACUGUACGCUUGAAUAUUUGUAAUAAUGUUCCUCCAAUUACAAGCAUUUCUCCUCCUUCCUCUAA